AUGGAAGGCGGUGGUGUCCAGAUCAUCUCCAGACGCAUGGUCAAGCCGGAGUAUGAGAAGAGCUCAGUGUUGCCGGAGCCUCAGACCGUCCACCUCACGCCAUGGGACCUGCGGCGCAUCACCGUGGGCUACAUCCAGGAAGGAGUCCUCCUACCCAAGCCUCCGGCCAGUUGCGUCCAACACCUCGCGUCGUCCUUCGCACGCGCCUUGGGCCGCUUCUACCCCCUUGCCUGCCGCUUCGCCGUCGCGCCAGCGGCCAGUGCCGGCGCUCCGAAGGGUCUGACGAUCUCGCUCUGCUGUGGGGACGAAGGUGCCAAAUCCGUCCAUGCCGUGGCGCCCGAGGUCGACGUAUCCGACAUCUCCGGCCCGCUCCGGGUCAUCCCGCGCGUUGUCUCCUCUUUCUUCCCUCUCAACGGGAUGCUUAGCACGGACGCGGCCGUUGACCCCAGCCGGCCGCUCCUGGCCGUCCAGGUCACUGAGCUCGCCGACGGCGUCUUCGUCGCCAUGUCGCUCAGCCACGCGGCCGCGGACGGCACGACGUUGUGGGACCUCUUCAACACAUGGUCGAAGAUGAUCCGAAGCGGCGACGACGGCAAUAGCAGAAACAUAUUCACAGCGGCGCCAUUGUCAUUCGAAAGGUGGUUCCACGACGGCUGCCCCGUGCCGAUCCCUCUGCCCUUUGCCAAGGUGCAGGGCAUGGCGAGGCGGUUUGAGUGCCCGCCGGUGCAGGAAUGCUCAUGCUCCAUCCAUUUCUCCCCGGAGAGCAUAAAGAAGCUCAAGGCCAAAGCGAAUGCCGAGAUGGCCGGCACGGCCACUGCCACCAUAUCGUCCUUGCAGGCCCUGCUAGCGGUGUGUCGAGCCCGGGGGCUAGCGCCGGACCGGGAGACGAGGUUCCUCCUCCCCGUCGGAUGCAGGACACGGGUGAAGGGCAUUCCACAAGGUUACGUGGGCAACGCGAUUGCAGGAGCAGCUGCUAGGCACACAGUCGGCGAGAUCCUGGGGAACGGCCGGCUGGGCUGGACGGCCUGGCUACUCAACCGUACCGUGGCUUCGGUCGACGAGGCGAUGGUGAGAGACGAGCUCGUGUCUUGGUCGAAAAACCCCAGCUUAAGAUACUCGCCUGACUUACGUGGAGAUCCUGCCAUUGUGAUAUUGAGCGGCUCGCCGCGGUUUGAUGUGUAUGGCAAUGACUUUGGCUGGGGCAGGCCGCUGGGCGUCCGGACUGGCCCGGGAAACAAGCUGGACGGGUUGAUCACGGUUUUUGAGGACGGCAGAGGGGCCAGGGGCAUGGAACUGGAGGUCUGCCUCGCUCCUCAUGUCCUCGCCAGGCUCGUCGCCAACCAAGAGCUGUUGAACCCAUCGGUGUCAAUGUCGUCACCGGAGAACUGGGGACUUCGUAUUUUUGCUGGUGUUGUGCACCGGUGGGGUUGUGUUCACGUGCACAAGGCAAUGCUAAUUAUGCAUGGUAGUUAG